CAUGCACGAGCCGGGACACUGCGGGUAGCCGACGAUUGGUGGCUCUGCUCGAAUGCCCAGAAGAUGGUCUUCUGAUGCCACUCCCUUGUCGAGCGAAGCUUCAGAGCUAUCAAGAACACAAACAUGUGAACGGGAUGGGGUGAAAAUCUCUCUCGCUGCGCACAGCCAAGCAGCGUAGGCGCCGACGCUGAUGGCAGCGCUUGCGACAGUGGGGUAUUGCUCCAAUCGCAUCACAGAGCGACCUGCAGCAUACUCACAAGGCUACUACGGCCACCGAGUAUUUAAUAGUAAGAUGGCCGCUUCUUGACGGCCUCGAUCUGUAGGUGUUUGUUUUACUUUGACUCAUCCUUUCAUCUCAAUUGUCCUCGAGACAUACCUCUUCAAUUGCAGCAUUCCAGGUUCAGCCAGUACAGUUGCCGAAAUAUCGUAACAGCUCUUGCCCUGAACGCUCGCGUUGAUCGUCAGUCAUGUCAAACAAUCAAGCACAGUAUUUCCUCCCACCCCCACAAGAGCAGCAGAGCUAUUUUGCGCCUCCGAGUUCGCAUACGCCUCCGACCAAUACUCAGCAUUACCCGCUCCCACCAGCCACCGACUAUUCUCCUCCAGAGAACACUUCCUACUCACCAGCUCCUCAAUCGCAGUCGUCACCGCAGCAGCACUUUGCUCCUCCUCCGGAUCGCUUCUCAUACAAUGCUGCUUCAGUCCCUCAGCCCAUUCAGACCCAAUUUGUGUCCCCUCCGUCAUCGCCGCCUCCACCUGCUGGCAACAUUGGUACACACGAAUACGAGCCGAGCCCCGUCUCGCCUCAGCAGCAGGCCAUGCCUUGUCACCCUGUCCCCUCACAGAUUGCCCAACUAAAGUCGAUCAUGGCGAGCCAGCCCGAGAAAUCAUCACUAAGCACAUCAGAAUCAAGCGACUUAGUCGUGGGUGCACCACCUCAAACACACUUUGUAGGAGCAGGCGCGACCGCCGAUGAUGUGGGCACUUUCAACGGUGGAAGCUACAGGAUCAGUCACAGAGACACAAACACUAUUCUGACACUUCAGCUUGCUAUGGGUUGUCCGUUAUCUGUUCGACCAGGAACCAUGAUUGCCAUGUCUCCCACCGUGACCUUGAAGGGCGCCAUCAAGUUCUCCUUGAAGACCAUGGUUGUCGGUGGACAUAUGACACAGUCCACCUAUACUGGCCCAGGAGAACUGUUACUCGCGCCGCCUUCGCUUGGCGAUAUCACCAAUAUCCGACUUACAGGAGAACAAACUUGGAACGUGGGCAAAGAUGCUUUUCUAGCUUGCACUCAGGGUGUUGUCAAAGACUACAAGAGACAAGGUCUUACUAAGGCCAUGUUUUCGGGUGAAGGCUUCUUCGUCUACAAGAUAUCAGGCAUAGGCAUCCUGUGGCUCAGCAGCUUAGGAGCCAUCUUACGCAAAGAUCUUCAAGAGGGUGAGAAGUACAUUGUCGACAACGGCCAUUUGGUUGCAUGGAACGCCAAGUACGUGCUAGAGCGUGUGGCCAGCGGCGGAAUAAUAUCCAGCGUGAGCGCCAAUGAGGGCUUGGUCUGCAAAUUCUCCGGUCCCGGCACGAUCUUCUUGCAGACUCGCAACCCAAUUGAGUUCUCGGGUUGGCUAGCGUCAGAGGGCAAGCUAAAAGGAUAGAGUCCUCGCAGGUACUUCCCGGGAGGAAGGAUAACCAUCAUUGGGUUACUCACCUUGGCGAAAAUAGGUCUACUCAAAAGGCUGUUUGAAGAUGAUUCGCGGUCAUUAUACCGGUCACUCUUAUUAACCUCGGUUUCCAACGGCUAUUCCGCUGCUGGUGGCACCCUGACUCAGACAGAUGAAUCCAUUCAUACCACUCCC